GGGAUUCUCACCUCUCUUUUAUUUAUUUAUUUUUCUCUAUCUUUAUAUACAAACAUAGACUUCCUCUUCUCCCUGCACAGAGAGAAGCUAGAAGCAGCACGCGCUGCAACUGAUACCCAGAGAGAGAGAUACCUCGCUUUCUUCUUUUGAUUCUUCUUCUUCUUCCUUAUUAUUAUUAUUAUUAGCUCUGUGGGUUGCGUCGUGCAGCUUGGAAUUCUGGGUGGAUUCACAGUUUCCUCCUGAAGAAGAAAAGGUAGCAGGUAGAAUAUGGGGCGGGGUAGGGUUCAGCUCAAGAGAAUUGAGAACAAGAUCAAUAGGCAGGUGACUUUCUCCAAGAGAAGGUCUGGUUUGUUGAAGAAAGCCCAUGAGAUCUCUGUGCUUUGUGAUGCUGAGGUUGCUUUGAUUGUCUUCUCCACCAAGGGGAAGCUCUUUGAAUACUCUACUGAUUCCUGCAGCAUGGAAAGGAUACUUGAACGUUAUGAGAGAUACUCAUAUGCAGAAAGGCAGCUUGUUGAAACUGCUACCGAAACAAAUGCUAGCUGGACUUUGGAACAUGAAAAGUUGAAGGCCAGGAUAGAGGUUUUACAAAGAAACCAAAGGCAUUUCAUGGGGGAAGAUCUUGAUAACUUAAGCUUCAAAGAGCUUCAGAGUGUGGAGCACCAGAUUGAUUCUGCUCUUAAGCACAUAAGGACAAAAAAGAAUCAAUUGAUGUAUGAAUCCAUUUCAGAACUACAGAAGAAGGAUAAGGCAUUGCAGGAGCAAAACAACCAACUUGCAAAGAAGGUUAAGGAGAAGGAGAAGGAAAUUGCGCAGCAGACUCAGAAGGAGCAACAGAGUCACACAAGUGUAGAUUCAUCUACUAUUCAACCACCACCAAUGCAGCCUUUGAACUUAAGAGGCAACAGAGGGGAAGAUGAAACAACUCCAAUGCAACAUCGAAGCAAUACGCUUCUGCCAGCUUGGUUGCUUCCCCACAUGAACGAGUAAACAAAGGGAGAUGAAAAAAUUUUGAUGGGCUAUGCAUAGUAAGAUGCUGGCAAGUAAGGUACUCCUAUUAAUUAUAUAAAGGAUAUAUUUUCAGUUUGUUGAUGCACUCUCUCCAAUAUAGCAUUAUUUUCCAUUUAUAAGUUUCAACUAUGUAUGUAUUUCAAGUAAAGCUCGUAUGGCAUCAACUGUCGAGUUCUCUUGUAUAUGUAAAUCUCUCUUUAUUAUUGUACUCAUAUUAUAUGUAUCUGUAUAUCCUACAUGUACCUAAAUGGAGUUAAUGCGAAAUUUUCUGAAUUUUAUA